AUGGUUCAUAAUGAGCAAACAGCGGAUUAUAUAUGAUUUUUUAAUAAUUUAAGAGAAGUUGGAUUUGAAAAUCCAGAAACAGUAAUCGCAGAUAGAAAUAAGGCUCAAUUUAAUGCCAUUCAGCAGUUUUAUGGAAGAAGAAUGCACAUAGUUUUUUGUUGAUGACACAUUAAAGGAAAUAUUAUCAAUUCUCUUCCAAGGAAAAAUGAAGAGAUUGACUUUUAA